AUGGCCAUGGAGGAUGCAUAUCCUCUGGUAACGUGCUUGCAAUUGGGUGGGAAGUCUGAUAUCUCAUUAGCUGUGAGGGUUCAUAACCACCUACGGUUCGAGCGCGUAUCCUGCGCUCAAAAAAUGGGCUUCCACCACCGGGAGAAGUUUCACAACACAGACUGGGAUGAAGUUGCCAGAAAUCCGAACGUGCUCAGCAAGACGACUGCGGAUUGGAUCAUGCGACAUGACCCAGAGGAAUACGUCUACAACAACUACAACAGCUGCUCAAACCAUAUUACUUUGGAAAUGCCGUUCAAGAACACCAAUAUGCCUCCCGGCUACAGAUAUAAAUCUUGGACUGUUCAGGAGCUCAUGGAGGCGUCGGACAGACGUGAACCAAUUGUCAAUGAGGGUGAUUGGAAUUAGGUAUACAUGUCUAUUGUCGAUGGAAGGCAAUUGGGACUGUGGUAUAUGUCUACAAUGAUUCUGUACGG